UGCUGACUCCAUCCACACCUUUGGGAACCCCUGGACCUGCUGGGGUUGGACCCCAACAUAUGGCCCAGUAGUUCCUGCAGGUUCUCUCUUCCGUCUUCGGAGCCAGUGGCCCUCCCUGUGCUGAGCAGCUAGGAAGCCUCUGUCAGCGAGCUCGUAGGAGCUUUGAAACCGUCAUCACCCCUCCGACUCUUACCAGGAGGGAAACAUGGUUGAAGCUGAUCGCCCAGAAAAGCUCUUCAUUGGUGGUCUCAAUACAGAAACAAAUGAGAAAACCCUUGAAGCUGUAUUUGGCAAAUAUGGACGGAUAGUGGAAGUACUCUUGAUGAAAGAUCGUGAAACCAACAAAUCGAGAGGAUUUGCUUUUGUCACCUUUGAAAGUGCAGCAGAUGCUAAGGAUGCAGCCAGAAAUAUGAAUGGAAAGUCCUUAGAUGGAAAAGCCAUCAAGGUAGAACAAGCCACCAAACCAUCAUUUGAAACUGGUAGGCGUGGACCACCUCCAUCUCCAAGAAGCCGAGGCCCUCCAAGGGGUCUUAGAGGCAGAAGAGGAGGAAGUGGAGGAAUCAGGGGACCUCCCUCACGUGGACAGCAUAUGGAUGAUGGUGGCUAUUCCAUGAAUUUUAACAUGAGUUCUUCCAGGGGACCACUUCCAGUAAAAAGAGGACCACCACGGAGAAGUGUGGGUCCUCCUGCUAAAAGAUCUGCUCCUUCAGGACCAGUUCGCAGCAGCAGUGGAAUGGGAGGAAGAGCUCCUGCAUCUCGAGGAAGAGAUAGUUAUGGAGGCCCACGUCGAAGGGAACCCCUGCCUUCCUGUAGAGAUGUUUAUUUGUCCCCAAGAGAUGAUGGAUAUUCUACUAAAGACAGCUACUCAAGUAGAGAUUACCCAAGCUCCCGUGAUACAAGAGAUUAUGCUUCACCACCAAGAGAUUAUACUUAUUGUGAUUAUGGUCAUUCCAGUUCACGUGAUGACUAUCCAUCAAGAGGCUAUAGUGAUAGAGAUGGCUAUGGUUGUGAUCAUGACUAUUCAGAUCAUCCAAGUGGUGGUUCCUACAGGGAUUCAUAUGACAGUUAUGGUAACUCACGUAGUGCUCCACCUACAAGAGGGCCCCCGCCAUCUUAUGGUGGAAGCAGUCGCUAUGAUGAUUACAGCAGCUCACGUGAUGGAUAUGGUGGAAGUCGAGACAGUUACUCAAGCAGUCGAAGUGACCUCUACUCAAGUGGUCGUGAUUGGGUUGGCAGACAAGAAAGAGGGCUUCCCCCUUCUAUGGAAAGGGGGUACCCUCCUCCACCUGAUUCCUACAGCAGUUCAAGCCACAGAGCACCCAGGGGUGGUGGCCGUGGAGGAAGCCGAUCUGAUAGAGGGGGAGACAGAAGCAGAUAUUAAAAACAAAACUUUGGACCUAAAUCCCUGUUCAAAGAAACAAACAGAAAGUGGAACCUAUUCUGUCAUAACUACCCAAGGACUACUAAAAGGAAAAAUUGUUACAUUUUUUAAAUUUCCUGUUAAGUUCCCCCUUCAUAAUUUUUAUGUUCUUGUGAGGAAAAAAGUAAAACAUGCAACCAAUUGCUUUUUCUCUCUGUCUUGCCCCCUCUUUUCCACUCUCUCUAAAAAUCAAUGGAAAAAAUAUCCUCUAAUGAGGAUUAUAAAAAACAAAACAAAAAACAAACAAACAAACAAACACACUGGUUUUCCAGAUAGACAAGGACAGAAGGGAAUUCUGUUCAGUAACCUCUACUGAGCCCUCAAUACCACCUAAAAUUCUAAUUGUUUCUUUUGUCAGUUCACUCUUUCAUUCUGUGCAAAGACUAUUUCAAACUUCCUAACCUCCUGCACUCUCUCAUCUUCCAUUUUCUACUAUUUUACUCUCUGAUAACUUCAGCUCAUAUUAAAAAAAGAAGAAGAAGAAGAACAUAUGCUAUAUCAAUCAGGGUUCUCCAAAGAAACAGAACCAAUAGGAUACAGGUAUACAGAGAUUUAUUUUAAGGAAUUGGCUCAAAUGAUUGUGUGGGGCUGGCAAGUCCAAAUUCUGUAGGGUAGGUCAGAAUGCUAGACACUCAAGUAGGAGUUAAUGCCUCAAUCUUGAGGCAGAAUUUCUUCUCAGGGAAAUCUCAGUUUUUACUUUUAAGGCCUCCAACUGAUUGGGUGAAGCCCACCCACAUUAUUAAGGGUAAUUUCUUUUACUUAAAGUCAAUCAAUUCUGCCCUAGCCGGUUUGGCUCAGUGGACAGAGUGUCGGCCUGCGGACUCAGGGGUCCCGGGUUCGAUUCUGGUCAAGGGCAUGUACCUUGGUUGCGGGCACACACCCAGUAGGGAGUGUGCAGGAGGCAGCCAAUCGAUGUUUUCCUUUCAUCGAUGUUUCUAACUCUAUCCUUCUCCCUUCCUCUCUUUAAAAAAUCAGUAAAAUAUAUUUUUUAAAAAGUCAAUCAAUUGUAGAUUUUAAUCACAUCUAUAAAAUACCUUCACAGCAAUACCUAGAAUGGUGUUUGAUGAAAUAACUGGGUACUAUAACUUAGUCAAGUUGACAUGUAAAACUAACCAUCACACAUGCUGUUUUCAAGGCACUCUCAAUCUCCCAAAA